AUGGAUAAUGCGACAGAUGCAGCUGGAGACGCAUCAAAGGAACUAGCUGAAACUGUCGAUGAACUGAGAGUGGAAGCUGGAAGUGCUGCUUCCAGAGCCACCGGUGCAGCUGGAGAGGCAUCAGAGGAACUAGCUGAAACUGUCUAUGAACUGAAAGAGGAAGCUGGAAGUGCUGCUUCCAGAGCCGCCGAUGCAGCUGGAGACGCAUCAAAGGAACUAGCUGAAACUGUCGAUGAACUGGGGGUGACUGGAAGUGCUGCUUCCAGAGCCACCGGUGCAGCGGAAGGCAUCGAACUAGCUGAAACCUUGCGAACUGAGAAGCUGGAAGUGCCAGAGCCGCCGGUGCAGCUGGAGAGCAUCGGAGGACAGCUGGAAGAGCUGCUUCCAGGAGCCGCCGGUGCAGCUGGAGAGGCAUCAGAGGAACUAGCUGAAACUGUCAAUGAACUGAAGAGGGCUGGAAGUGCUUUCCGAGCCGCCAGUGCAGCUGGAGAGGCAUCAGAGGAACUAGCUGAAACUGUCAAUGAACUAAAAGAGGAAGCAGGAGUGCUUCCAGAGCCGCCAGUGGAGCUGAAGAUGUGA